UCUUUGCUACUUGACAGAUCGGAGUGGCGAAACAUUGACAGUGGAUAUUUAGGUGACUUUUCACUCCGACCAACAACUCAGGACCCAUAAUUUUGUGCCAAAAGAAGAAGACGGGCACUAGGAUCUAUAUUUAUUCGCAACAGAGCUUCCAGGUGAAGCAGAACUGUGUAAUUCGGAAGCUAGUUAAAAUUCAGCUGAUCGCUUCACCGCCAAGGUUCCCACCAUGGCUUUGACUCACGAUGACCUCGAGCAGAUUAUGAAGCAGGAGUUUCCUGACUUUACGUGUAUAUGUGAAAUAUGUGAUUGUGGGCGACACAAGCAUCACAAGAACUGCAAACGAGUGGGCAAAAUAAAUAAGCGUCGUCAAAAGCAAUGUCUUCUAACGACCAGCCAGGAGACAUUUAAAGCCUUCUCCGCCCGACCCCGCUCCAGCAAGAGACCGCCACAGACACCACGUGACCCUAACCCACCCCCCAUGAUGUUCAAGACGAACCAGAGGGAUGACUUCAGACCACACGGUGAAGUGCCUAGGGUCCAACCGUUUGCGUUUCCUGACACAUACGAGAUAGACAAGGGACCGUUUCAAAACGUCACUUUCUACAGCGCCGAAUAUGGUCCAAAAGAGCUCCCCUCAGAGACCAUCUUGCGCCCCACUUCCCAGGGGAGGUACAUGAGGAAAACGUCGGCAAAGUUAGACACACGGACGACCAAUAAAGAAUCUUUCAAACACUGGGUGCCUCAGCCAGCCAUUCGUUUCGGAGAGCUUCCAAGUUUUACAGAGCAGAGAGCCAAUUUCCCAGGCCACGACCCCAAGCUGAACCCGAUGCCAGAACCGUUCGUCAAGGAGGAUCAGACAUACAGACCUAAGGACGGGAAGUUUGAUGGUCUUACUGUCACCAUGGCCGACUUCACCGAGAAAGAACUAGCUGCUGCACACGUGCCACGAGCAUUGGCGCCAAUUACGAAGUUGGACGAAAACAAGCCGAAGUUUGACGGCCGCACAAGCUUCAAGGAAUUCUACAAGAACUGGAACGUGCAACCAAGAAAGCGAUACGGAGACUUCCAUGAGGCUCAGAAAUAUUUCCCUCCCAUUGAGAAGUUCGACACUAAGUCUACGACCCAGGCUACUUACAUUCCAAAAGAGUUUGACCCCGUAAAGCCAUAUAUUCCCGAAGAGCAUACUCUAAAUAAGGACGGUAAGCUAGACUUUACUACCGUCAAUGCGGACACUUAUAAGCGACCACCCGUCAAAUUGUGCAAGGCAGAGGCUUUUCUAAUUCAACAAAAAUUAAAAAAGGAACAGCAAGAGACAUUGAGGCAGCAGCAGGAACCGUUGAAUAAAUCUCAAACGAGGUCAAACAAAACCCCGAUUGCUGCGAAAUAA